GCGAUAAUGAAAUUAUGACAAAGUGACAAGUGAAAUCGGUGAAAAAUAUUGAUAAAUAGAAGAAUAAUUAAAUAAAGAACAAAAAUGUCUUUCUUUGGAGUAGGAAACCCUUUUGCUACGCCGGUUGGUCAAAAAAUAGAACAAGCUACUGAUGGCUCCCUUCCUUCAGAGAAUUGGGCUCUUAACAUGGAAAUUUGUGAUAUUAUUAAUAGUAGUACAGAUGGGCCUAAGGAUGCAAUAAAGGCGAUAAGAAAAAGACUAACACAAAGUGCAGGAAAAAACUACACCAUAGUAAUGUACACACUGACUGUACUAGAGAGUUCUGUAAAGAAUUGUGGAAAACCCUUCCACAUCUUGGUUUGCAACAAAGAAUUCAUAUCCGAGCUGGUAAAAUUAAUUGGCCCCAAAAAUGACCCACCAACAGUGGUACAGGAGAAGGUCCUCAGUCUUAUACAGUGCUGGGCGGACGCUUUCCAGAACCAGCCUGAACUGCAGGGUGUAGUUCAAGUGUACAAUGAAUUACGGACUAAAGGUGUUGAGUUCCCGAUGACCGAUUUGGACGCAAUGGCACCUAUAUUUACACCCCAGAGAAGCGUACCGGACAGCGUUGAGCCGGUGGUUGGUUCGCCGCAACGCUCUGUGUUGCCGCAAACCUCGCCUAAUCGGAUUCCACUCGAAAAUAAUACGGGAACGGUGACGCUCACCGAGAGCCAGACGGCGAAGCUGCGAGCGGACCUGGCGGUGGUGGAGGGCAACAUGGGCGUCAUGAGCGACAUGCUCAACGAGCUCACCGCGCAGCCCUACGCGCACCACCACGACUCCGACAUACAGCUGCUCGAUGAGCUGGCGGAGACGCUGCGCGCGAUGCAGGCGCGCGUGGCGGAGCUGGCGGGGCGCGUGGCCGACGAGUGCCCGCUCACCGCCGCGCUGCUGCUCACCAACGACCAGCUGCACAACCUGCUGCUGCGCCACGCGCGCUUCACCAGCAACCGGAACGCAGCGACAGGCGGCGCAACACCGUCAGCCAUUUUGGGGGCCGCAAUGGGAGUCCCCGGAACCGUAUCACCCCCAAAACAAGACGAGGAUGCCUUGAUCGACCUUAGCGACGACGUUCCCGAUAUCGCUAAAUUGAGUGUCAAAGAUAACCACGAAGAAAAGUCUCCGAGCGGCUCUAAGGACGAGUUCGAUAUGUUUGCCCAGUCGCGCAACGUCACCUACGAAACGGCUAAAACUGGGGGCAGCAGUUACGCGGAUAAUUUAGAGGAACAAGCAACAGCUGGAUUGGCAACCGCCGCCAGCACUAGACCCACUCAAGCACAAGCGCUUCCCUCGGGAAUGGAUCAAAGAGAAAUCGAUGAGAUAUCCGCUUGGUUAGAACAAGAAAAGGCGGCGACGGAGGCGAGCGGGCAGGAGAGCGUCACGAGCAGCGACUUCGAGAAGUUUCUCGCGGAACGCGCCGCCGCCGCCGACACGCUGCCGCCCGCCAACACCAACACCAACACCAGCAACAACACCAACACCAACACCAACAACACACCCACCCCGGCUGCGAGACACAGGCAGAUCAAUAAGGAUCAAGACUCUAUGUUCGCGUUGUAGAUGGACGGAUGGUAUCGCUAACGUCGGCUAUAGAAAAUAUGAGGGGGGGGGGGGAGAAACAAUUGUCAUGUCACUAACACAUGAAAUAAUAAUAAUGAAAUAGUGAUAUUAUCGGGUUAUAUGAUUCAUUGGUAUUGCCGUGGGUCCCUGUAAAGUGCAAAAUACAUUAAAAUAACAAA